UAUUUUUUUUUGCUUCCGGACUCUGUAGGAUCAAGAAAACAAUGGCGGAUGAAGUAAGCGAGGUGGACGUGCAAGACAUGGACGUUGACAGGAGAAGGGAAUCAGAUGAGUCAGCUGAUGAGGAAAUAAAGGAGAAACAAGAUAUUCCUGAUGGAGGAGAGAAGAAUGGAGAGGAAAUCUCGGGAGAUUUGGAAACCCCAGUGGACAUUGAAACCAUCAACUUGGAUCCAGAAGCUGAGGAUAUUGACUUGAACCAUUUACGGAUAGGGAAGAUUCAAGGCUUUGAGGUGCUGAGGAAGGUUAAGACCCUGUGCCUGCGUCAAAACCUAAUAAAGUUGAUUGAAAAUUUGGAACUGUUGACAACAUUGACAGAAUUGGACCUAUAUGACAAUCAGAUCCGUAAAAUCCAAAAUCUGGAUACCCUGAGCCAGCUUGAAAUUCUGGACUUGUCAUUUAAUCUCCUGAGGCGUAUUGACGGUUUGGACACUCUGACUCAGCUUCGUCGCCUGUAUCUGGUGAAUAAUAAGAUCACCCGCAUGGAGAACCUUGUCUACCUAACCCAGCUCCGUUUGUUGGAAUUGGGUUCUAACCGUCUGCGGGUGAUUGAAAAUAUAGAAUCUCUACGCGAUCUUGACAGUUUAUUUCUUGGCAAAAACAAGAUUACCAAACUCCAGAACUUGGAAACUCUGACUAACCUCACAGUAUUGAGUGUGCAGAGUAACCGAUUGACGAAAAUCGAGGGCCUGAAUUCUCUAGUGAACCUGCGUGAGUUGUACCUGAGUGAUAAUGGCAUCCAGGUCCUGGAGGGGCUGGACAAUAAUAAUAAACUGACAACACUGGAUGUGGCUUCCAACAGAAUUAAAAGAAUUGAAAAUAUCAGGCACUUAACAGAACUCCAGGAAUUUUGGAUGAAUGAUAACUUGGUGGAGAACUGGGGUGAUUUAGAAGAGCUGAGUGGAGCACUAGCACUGCAGACCGUAUAUCUGGAAAGGAACCCUCUGCAGAAAGAUGCCCAGUACAGACGUAAAAUCAUGCUGGCCUUGCCAUCUGUUCGCCAGAUUGAUGCAACCUUUGUGCGCUUCUGAGUUGGUCUCUUGAGUUCCUCUUUACUGCUUACUGUAGCUGCUCAGUACCAGUUCCAAAUGUAUGCAUAAGACUUACAGACCUUCUUGUAUUUCAUUGCCAUCUGCUAUUUUGUUGUAUUUAUACUCCUCUAAUCGAGCACUACACUUCCUUGCAUGAUCCACAUGCCAUCUCUAUACUCCCUCAAUCAGUAGUAAGAUGCUGGUACUGGCAUUCCUUUCUCAUAACAUACCCAUGUGCUUCUCUAGGCAGAGGAGAUGUAAUACAUAAAGACACUCAGCUUCCCUACUAUCUAAAACCAUUAGAAUAUGGCCAGUGAUGAUGAGGCAUCUUAUGUUAUGGAGUACCUCAUUGCAGUAAUGCUUAAAUUGACAUUGAGCUGUUGUUUCCAUAAAACCUUAGCUGAAUGAACUUUUAUUGUUUUUAUCACUUGAUAACCUCCCAUGUCUUGUACACACCAGAACCUGUAAUAUUUUAUGUUGGUCUAAAGCAUUCUCAACGCAUGUUUGAAAAAGGAAAAAAAAAUGAAACCAUGGCUCUUAUAUCCCAUCAUUGCUUCAUAAACCUAGAUGAUGGAGAGUUUGUGUAAAUGCUGUUUAGAAGCUGAAAUGCUGCCUUGCGUCAUUUGAUAAACAUGUUUCUUUUCCACAGGGGCCCAUGCUGGGCAACACCUUUCCAGGUCCCAAACACAUUCAUAAAUGGCCUCCAGUAUACUUGGUCUUUUCCUACCUGUGCUUCAUGUCAGAUGUAGUCCAACAACUGCUGCAAGUCUGUUGUUUCCUAGUUAUGUGUGUUUGUGUGUCUUGAUGAUCACUAAGCUAAAUCUCUCCUUCUGAGAUUUAGCCUAUGUUACACUGCAUAGAAAAAGUACCUCCUGACUUUCUGUAAAGCAGAAACGUUUAAACCAAUACACUUACUGUAUCCUCAGCAGGACUUUUAAUUCUCCAAGUGCUUAUCGUGAGAGAAGCUGUUGUCUGAUAAGCAUGGAGCUUCUUCUCUCAGUAUGAUAAACCUAGUAAGGAACCUUAGCACAGUAAUAGUUGAAUCCAAUAUAAGGUUGAGUUGGAUUAGGGUAGUACAGGUUUCGUCUGACGAUGCAACAUGAGAUUAACAUUCCAACAAAGCUGCUCUGUUGUAUUCCUCUACUGCUGCAUAAAAAAAAACUAACUUCUUCUAGUGUGCCUUCCCAAAUUUGUACAAUUACAAUUGGCUUUAAUCGGUUGCAGUUCCUUUACUUCCAUUGUACUGCCAGAGCCUCCUAAAAUGUAAAAUUAUCCACCUCUAUCUUGCGCCAAGAAUGCCUUAACUAAAUACUGAAUAUUUUAAUCUAGCACCAUCAGACCUCCAAAAUAUUUAAGCACAGGAAAUAAAAUAUACACACAAUCUCUCUGGUCACAGACUGUUGCAUUUCUAAUACAUUAUUUUAAUGCCUCACUUUUCACUUAUUUAUUUAUCCUCUGCUAGUAAGUAGUGAAAUGUAACUAGCUUGUUCUAUUUUUUAUAUUUUAUUUUUUGACAUUUUUAACAAACAAACAACGGAUCAAAUAUUUAAUAUGGACAGGUGCAAAUGCCUGUACCCAAUGUUGAGUAAAAUGAACAUUUCCUAACAUAUCCUUGGUAGUUUUCACUUUUAUGAAUCUAGCUUUGUGUUGCGCAGUCUGUAGCUCUCUGGAUUUUGGUAAACUACAAAUCCCAACAUGCUCUACCCGAACACCAUGGAGAACCACAAUUUGUACCUCUACUAAGCUAUCACACUGGUUCAAAUACUGUUAACUUUUGCUUACAAAACCAAAUGUCAUCUCUUCCAUCACAAACUUUAUGUAUUUAUUAGUCAACCCUAAAAUUCUUUGCAAAUGAAAUUUGAAGUAUUAAUGUAUUAUUCUUAUACAGUUAAAAUGUUGUAGGGGUUUUUGUUUGAUGUUCAACAAAUGCAAGCAGGGGAAAACUAUAACUUCUAAAAGAAUAUUUGUUGGUUUUCUGUUUUUGUUUUUCCCCCCUCUCUUUGUUUAAACCAUUACAUAUAUGAAAUGUGUAACAUUAAAGUGCAUCAAGUUUGAA